AUGCCACAGACGGUGCCUCGGUCUGGGUGCAGCCCACCAUCGGCAUCCCAGGGAGAGAGGGCAGUGCCAACAUCGCCAGCAGAUAUUCAUCACCUCCUGCGUCUUUUAGGCGCCGAAUCACCACCAGAACCGAUGUUGCACUCUCCACCAACACACACUAAGCCACCACCUCCUUAUCCAGAGGACAAUAACUAUCUUGAACGCAUAUACGACUUUGAAGGCUUCCCCACACCUUCACCCUCGUCGGACGAGGGCUCAAUACCAACAGUAGCACUACAGCCGUCUUCACCUUACAACUCGUUUCAAUAUUCUCCAAUUUUCAUAAAAGAGGAACCAAACAGGCUAACAGUGCCAGGCUUCGCGUCACCUUAUCCACUGUCGCCAUCGGGCUCCUGCGUUUCUUACAGCAGUAACAAUCAGUAUUCCUCACCAGUUCCACAACAAGAAGAAUAUAUUAAUAUCGAAGAUCUCCUUAAAGAAAAUCAAAUAUUACAAGACAGUAUCCAACAGAAUUAUAUAACACCUAAAAUCGAAGUCGAAGAACCCAGAGAUCAUAUACUUUUAAGAUCAGCUCUUGAAGACACGACAUUCCAAAAAAGAUUAAACUUAAGGCCCUUUGAAUUAGGAAGCGUUAAAAUGGAAGAAAGCAGUGGUGGUCCCGGCGAGGAAGCCCUAGUUGCCCCAGACAUAGAUCGCGUUCUUUCCAUGGCCAUCGAACAAUCAAAGCGAGAUGUUGAUAACACGUGCACAGUGUUGGGUAUAUCACCAGACCCAAUGCAAUGGAGCUCUAGUGACGUUAAAGCUUGGGUGAUGUUCACAUUAAGACACUUCAACCUGCCGAUGGUACCAUCAGAGUAUUUCGCGAUGGAUGGAACAGCUCUUGUUGCGCUCACUGAAGAGGAAUUUAAUCAAAGGGCUCCACAAGCGGGGAGCACUUUGUACGCUCAACUGGAAAUCUGGAAGGCUGCACGGCAUGAGGGUUGGAGGAGCCAGUGGACUGAGCAACGAGCGCCCACACCAGCACCUCCCGCACCUGCCACUGACGACAUGAGCGAUGAUGAUGCAGAAUCCAUUGUAGCUAAUGUCAGUCAAGGUGGUGGCAAAGUGAAGACUGGAAGCACUCACAUCCAUCUUUGGCAGUUCCUCAAAGAACUUCUGGCGUCACCACACAUACACGGAUCAGCUAUACGGUGGUUAGAUCGAAGUAACGGUGUAUUCAAAAUUGAAGAUUCAGUUCGUGUCGCCAGACUGUGGGGCAAAAGAAAAAACAGGCCCGCAAUGAACUACGACAAACUGUCGCGUAGCAUCAGACAAUACUACAAGAAAGGCAUCAUGAAGAAAACGGAGAGGAGUCAGAGGCUCGUCUAUCAGUUCUGUCAUCCCUACUGUUUAUAA